AUGGCAAAUGGCAAAACCCCUGGUUCCGACGGUCUACCGAAAGAAUUUUAUUUGUCCUUUUGGGACCUGCUUAAAGAAGACUUUGUUGAAGUGGCAAAUUAUUGUUUUUCAGUUGAACUGAUGCCUGAGUCUAUGCGCCAAGCAUUAAUAUCACUGUUGUUUAAGAAAGAAGAUCCUGAAUUAUUGAAAAACUGGCGCCCAAUUUCGCUCCUCAAUACAGAUUACAAGAUUAUUACAAAAGUUCUGGUAAAUCGUGUUAAACCUGUUAUGCCCAUAAUAAUACACCUGGAUCAAUGCUGUUCUGUCCCUGGUCGUUCGAGUGAAGACAAUGUGACUCUCCUACGAGACGUAUGUGACUAUCUGGAAGUUAAUGAAAGAAUGGCCUGUGCCUUUAUAUCGAUAGAUCAAGAAAAAGCGUUUGAUUAUGUUGACUGGGGCUUUUUAGACAGAAUUUUAGAUACCAUGAACUUUGGUCCACAAUUUCGAUCAUACAUUAAAUGUAUUUAUCAUGAUAUUCAGAGUGCUAUAAUCUCCAAUGGUUAUGUUUCAGAAUUUUUUCAAGUGCAACGAGCUGUACGACAAGGGUGCCCGCUAUCUCCAUUGUUGUUUGUCAUAGUGGCGGAAGUGUUUGGACAAGCGAUUCGGAAGUGCCCAGAAAUACAGGGAUUGCGUAUGCCUGGAGGGAAGGAAGUGAAAAUAUCACAAUAUGCUGAUGAUAACACCUGCAUUGUUACCAAUUCAUAUGGCCUUGUUAAAGUCAUCGAUGUCUUUAAUGAAUAUGGUCGAGCAUCCGGAGCGAGGCUUAAUACAACGAAAUCAAAGGGUCUUUGGCUCGGUAGGUGGCGAUCUCGUACUGAUUCACCCUGUGGUCUAACGUGGGUUAACACGAGCUUAAAAAUUGUUGGUAUUUACUUUGGUUCCGAAAAUGCAAAUAUCCAGUCAUGGGCAGAGGUUACGGCCAAAUUCAAGGGAAUAUUGAAGAAAUGGGAACCACGGUAUCUAACGUUACGGGGGAAAAUGACGGUGAUCGGGAGUCUGGUGGCUUCGACGCUUUGGCAUGUGGUAAAGAUAUACCCGCUAACGCGUGAAUGUAUUGACUCGCUACAAUCAGAAAUUUGGAAAUUCGUUUGGUCAAAGAAACCGGAGUGAGUGCGUCGGGAAACGUGUAUGUCAGACUACCUGAAUGGGGGUCUGCGAAUUAUUAAUCUUGACAUCAAAAGCAAAGCAUUGUUGAUUGGUCGUGUUUUCCGAUUUUUUGAGGAGAGUGAGGCACCUUGGAAAGAUUUCAUGCGCUAUUACAUCGGACGGUCUUUAGGCAUAAACGAUAACUCGAGACCAAAUAGCGACAUUCCAACUCCGUUUUAUAGUCAUCUUCUUCGUGUUCUGAGAGAAUUUGCUGUUGAUUUGGGACAACCUUGCACGAGUAAAAUGUAUUAUUUAACACGUAUUGAAGAUUGUGUUACCCCGGUACAAGCAAGAAGCGAGUUAGCUUGGAAUCAAAGAUUUGGUCCUGGUUUAAUCUGGAAAGAGAUUUGGACAGAUGUCGCUCGAAGUUUCAAUGAUCCAGUGUUACGUGAUUUUGAUUGGCGCGCGGUACAUCGGGUUUUGCCUGUCAAUUUCAGAGUGCAUAAAUGGUAUUCAAGAAUAUCCUCAGCAUGUGCACGGUGUGGUGAAAGAAUCGAAACAUUGGAACACACGUUGAUUCAUUGUCCGAUGGUAAAGGAGCUGUGGAUGUUUAUUCUGAAACUGUGCAAUCAAAUUGAUGCAUCGGUUAUUGGUCUGUCAGAACGGAAUAUGUUGUUGGGUUGUUUCCCGCGAACAAGAACAAGAGACCUUUUGCGUUACUUAAUUAGUGUUGGCAAAUUUUCCGCGUGGAAAGAGCGCGUGUCAUAUCAGUUUAGGAAGGAUGAGAAAAUCAACAGUCUUGUAUAUUUUAGGAAUUAUGUGCGAACUCGAUUAGAAACAGAACAGGGCAUCAUGGGCACGAAAAACUUUGAGUCAAAAUGGUGUUUAAACAAUGUCUUAGCAUGUGUCACAAACGGUAUAAUUCGAACUUUGAUCUAA